AUGGCUUAGUAGAAAGGAAAGAAUAAGAUUAAUCAUAGAUAAAGGUAGGGGGAUUGGAUUUGUAGUAAUUGCAGCAAUAUGAAUUUUGCAUUUAGAGACUCUUGCAAUCGAUGUCAUACUAUAAAAAUUAUGAAAAAUAAUGAGAGUAAAGGAUUCAAAUCUGCACUUUUUUUGACAGAGAGUAAUGGGGAUAUACCACCAAUAUCAGAUCGGUCAAAUAAAUCAUCAGGUGAGAAAACUGAUAUUGGAACCAAUAAGUUUUCAUUUGAUAAAUUACCUUCUAUGGAACCAAUUUUAAAACAGAUAACUAAAGAAACAUGUAAAAUCAAUUAAAAUAUGAAGAACCAAAAUAUGAUUUCUUUGAGUUUGAAUGGCAAUGCUAAUAAUGUCAAAAGAUUAAUUAAUACUAUAAAAUUCAUUGUGUCGAAUGCGGUGCUUAAAGGUAUAGAAAAUCUACGAUUUGAUCUAUUACAAUAAAAUGUUGAUUUUGUUAUAUUAUUUAAGUUGUUUUGUAUAGAAGGAAGAAGUCAUUUGGGGUUUAAUGAGAUCAUAUGA